AUGAAACAAAGCAUGGAAAAGAAGUGGAUCCCUGGUCCCACCAGCGGGAAGCAGGUUGCUCCUGUUCUUCCCAAAUCAGGAAACGGGACCUCCAGUGGACAUUCGGGUGGUUCUGAACUCCGGACCAAAAAUGGAGAGGGUGUCAGAGGGCGUGAUCAGCACUCUAGUGGGAGCAGGUAUAAGGAACGAAGAGACCGAAAGAAAGAGGAGAAAAAGGUGAAAUGGAAUCAAUUGGUGAACUUUAACGCAGUGCCGAGGAAGAGGGAAUCUCAUACACUGAAUAUUGGGCCGAAGCGAGUGAAUCAUCACCGGAAGCCUCCUGUUGACAAGCAACUUUGUCUUCAGUCAAGGUGCCAAUUUAUCGUGAGAGAAGAAUUUAGGAAGGAAUGUGAGGGGCACAUGCUAACACCAGAUGCACAUUUGGACUGGAAUCACAUCGAGGAAGUGUGCUAUCCUGCAGAGGAAGAGACCCUUUCCUGUCCAAUAUGCCUUGGGUCCUGUCGUGCUGCCAAGAUCACCCGAUGCGGUCACGUGUUCUGCUGGGCAUGCAUCCUCCACUACCUGGCCCUCAGUGACCAGCCAAGUCGCAAGUGCCCCAUCUGCUAUGAUGCCAUACGGAAAGAUGAGUUGAAGAGCAUCAAGUGUCGAGCAGUGAAGACACCAAAGGUUGGAGAGGAGAUGGAGUUCCAGCUGAUGCGUCGCAAGCGGGGCUCAGGGAUCACUGUGCCCGUGGAGACCUAUGACUCGACAUUCAAGGAUACUGUGGCCAUGCUUGAUGGUGCAUCUGUCCAUGCUCACAUUCUCCUUGCCUCUUCUGCUCAAGUGAUUGGAAAAGUGGUUGGGAGGGAACAGCUGGAGCUGGAGGAGCAGUUGAAAGAGGAGGAGCAUGAGCCAGAAGCAGUAUUUGUGCAGGAAGCCCUGAAACUUUUGGAAGAAAGACAACAUGCUUUGGAGAAUGUGCGUCUCACCAUACUCCUCUCCCUUGGAUUGAAAUUGGCAGAAGUAGAGGCAUUGGAUACACUCCUGAGAGUGGCAGAGAAGGAGAUGCUUCUGUCCACCUCCCCAGCAUCAUCUGAAGAGAAUGUUCCUGGCCGCCCACGAGAAGUCUUCUACUUCUAUCAAGAUGGGCAGAAGGUGUACCUUCAGGCAGUGAACGUUCACAUGUUGGAAGCCCAAUAUGGGGCACUGGAGAGGUGUCCCCCUCGUGUCAAAGGCCAGGUCGUGGAGAUCGAGGAGCAGACGAUGACGGAGGACCUCCGCUGGAGAACCAGAUAUCUCCAGCAUCUCCCACUUCAUGCUUCAUUUCGCACCGUUGAGAUCAAUCUUCUGCCACCGAUUGUGUCUCCUCGUGUCAUCCAGGGCUUCUACGACUGGCUGGAGAAGCGAAGACGAGACCGAAAGAGAAAGGAGAAGAAGGAGGAACGAGCAGAGAAGCGAAAUCGUCCCCGUCAGGACUCCGAGUAUCAGGAAGAUCCCACCUCAUUCCCACCAGUCCUAUCCCAACUUGAUCAACCAAACAUCCCCACAGAGGAUCCUGCUCUUCCUGAACCCCUUGCAGAGGCGAAGGCAGAAGAGCAAAUAGAGGACAUCAGUCCAGUGGACAUGAAACCUACUUCUUUUGCACAGAUCCUUCGUGAAGGGAAGAAGCAAGAGGGGAAGGACCUUGAAGUGAAAGAGGGUCAUGCAGGUGAACGAGAUGGGCAGCAAAUACGUGCAGGAUCGAGUGUGGAUGACGAUGAAGGAGGGGGAGAUGGGUACUUGGCAUCUCCUCCCUCAUUUGGCGACUUCUUCUCCCAGGCCUUCCAUCAGCUUUCUCUUCAAGGAGAAGAAGGCCAAGAGCCAGAGGAAGUAUUGCUGCAGCAGCAAGACAAGAAGAAGAAAAAGAAGAAAGGUCGUCUCCUGUUUCGCACCACGCUGGUCCGCAGCGAUCAUCCAUAAAAGCCUUUUUUUUUUCUUCCCCAUCUUGAUGUAACAUUCUUCAUCUUCCAUAAGAGUUCAUCUUCUUGUGAACACUAUUUACCACUCUUAAGGACUUCCCGGUGUGUGUCCUUGCUUGUGUCUUAUUGCGUUAUGAGUUCUUUUUCUUCUUAGCAUUCAUAUGGAACCUGUUGAGCUUGUCAUUCACCUUGUGGUAUUAUUGUUGAGAUGUUCUUAGAGCAAACAAGUGAUAGCAUGGAA